AUGUCGAUCGUCAAGGCCUACCUCGCGCUGUGUGUGCUCACCGCGUCGCUGGUGCAGACGCAGCGGCUGUCUCCGGCUGACCUGGCGCUGUCGAGCCGCGCGCUGCCGCCGCACUACGAGGUGUGGCGGCCGUUCACUGCGGCAUGCUUUGCGGACGGCUUCACUCCCCUCUGGCUGCUGCGGCUGGUGCUCAUCUCGCACUACGGCUCGCGGCUCGAGGCGGCCGCCGCCGGCACCAAGGGUGCGCCGUGGCCCGUCCUCGACGCCCUCCACCUCCCCGGCUGGCUGCUCUGCGGGCUGGCGGCGAUGGUCGGCGCGGCGGUCGCGCGGCCUGCCGAGCUGCUGCAGCCGUUCCUGCUCACCGCGGUGGCCUUCUUCUUCGGCACGCUGUGCUC